AUGGGGAACAAAAACAAAAAGAGGAAUAAGAGUGAACAUGACAAAAAGGAUAAAUCUAAUAAUUCCAAUGUGGAUCCACAAAAUGUGAAAGAUACAGAAGUAGAAACGAGAGAUAAGGAGGCUGAUAACGAAGAAUAUGAAAAUACAGAGAAACUACAUGACAUUGAAGACAAUUCUGAAGAGGAUGAGCCGCCAAAAAAGAAAAAAAAGAAGAAAAAAGGCAAAAAGUCUAUUAGACAAAUGAAAAGGAGAAAGCACCUGCAGAGGCAGACUGAAGCAGCAGCAGUAGCAAAAGACCAACUGAAAUCACAGUGUAUUAACUACCUCUCGCAGUGGAAACACAAUAGAGAUAACUGGAAAUUUAUGAAAGCAAAACAAGUGUGGCUUUUCAAAAACAAGUUCUCCUCAAACUUAGUGCCAGACUCAUCAUGGCCAACACUUCUUGAAUAUUUUGAAUCUGCUAAAGGUAAUAUUCGUAAUAUGCUUUUGGAAGAUGCAAAAAAAGUUAUUAACCAAAUGGAUGAAUGGACAGAAAAGCAAAAAGAUAACAAAGAUACUGAGGACAAUGAGGAUGAUGUAAAUGAUAAUGAAACUCCUAGCAACAAACCAGAUGAUACCUCAUACAAAAGAGCAAGGGACCUAAUACAAUGUUUAGAGGAAUAAACAUUAAAUUUUUAA